UACGGUUACAACUGCCCAUGCCACUGCAGUAAUAAACUCUAGACUACAAAUUGUCAGCAAAGAAAACAAGCUUCUUCAGCCAUGCAGCUCCUGUUGAUGCUUCUCCCGCUCUUGGCAACGCCUGUUCUUGGCGCCAUUGGCAGUUUAUGCAAAGCCAACAAGGUUACUGGCACCUGCCAGACGACAAGCUGGUGCAAAGGUCGCAAGGGUCAGCAGCCCGUGACCGGUGCAUGCCCAAACGACCCAGACAAUGUCAAGUGCUGCAUCUUCCCCGAAUGCGAGGGUGACGUGGGCAUGGGUUGCUUCUUGGAAUCCGAGUGCUACACCUACACUCAUCCGUCAGGGUCUUUGUCCGGGGCCGAGUAAUUACAAGUGCUGCGCAAUCCCUUGAAGUCUUGUUCGCUUCGUGGAAUAUUGGGCCGAUGAGAGGAUGACGCGGAAACUUGUUCGAGAAGAGGAGAAGAAAAGAACAUAUUAUUUGGAUCAAAUUGCGAGAUGAUCAG